AUGUCAGCGAUGGUAGAUCGGAGCGUGUCGACGCUGAAUCCAAACGCGCCGGUGUUCGAUCCGGUGGGAUUCCGUGAGGUUGAGGAUUUCUCGCCCAAGUGGUGGGAGCUGGUGACGACUUCCAAGUGGUUCCGUGACUUUUGGCUCAGUGCCAACUCCGACUAUGAAGUCAUAGGCGCCGGCGAGUUAUCAGAUAUGGAGGAAGAGUUCGAGGAGAUGAUCAUUUCGUCCGAUGAGGCUGAGAUCGGUGGUUCUACGAUGACCGAAUCAGAUGUUGCUAGGUACUUGAAGGUGCUUCUGAGUAUGGCGAAAUCUACGAAAAGGAAGAUUCACGGAUCAAAUGUGUCGAUGUCUUCUUGUUCACCAAAGUAUAACCAGAAGAAGACGAGCAAGUACACGAACCCGAACUUCAAUUGUCGCCGGAACCACCACAUCUAUCAGCCCCGGUGA